AUGAAAGGAGUUACUUUGAAUGUGCUCCUUGCACUCGGUGCGCUUUGCACCUUCGCCAGUGCAGAAUACACAGGAACCGAUUGCAACCCGACAGAAACCAACAGCUCAUGCAGUGCCGACCCUGCCCUCGGAACCGAGCACACAUGGCUAUUCAAUUCAACGCUCGACAGCAAGCUCUGGGACAUGCAAACAGGGUCAAUCGACUACACAUCCGAGGGUGCCGACUUCAGCAUCAAGACCGAAAACGCUUCCACGCUUUUGGUAUCGAAUUUCUAUAUUUUCUUCGGAGUGAUGGAAGCACACGUCAAAAUGGCCAAAGGAGCGGGUAUCAUCAGCAGUGUCAUUCUUCAAUCAGACGACUUGGACGAGAUUGAUUGGGAGUGGGUGGGAUACAACACUAGCGGAGUCCAGUCCGACUUUUUCGGCAAAGGAAAUACAACCACCAGCGAUCGAGGAGGGUAUCAUGCUGUUUCGAACGCGGAUACAGAAUUCCAUAACUACACCUCAUACUGGGAUAAGGAUCGCCUCGAGUGGUGGAUUGAUGGUGAUUUGGUGCGGACGGUGAACUACUCCGAGCCAUUGACUGUAUACGGCAAAAAUUAUCCCCAGACGCCUUGCCAGGUCAAAGUCAGCAACUGGCCCGUCGGUAUCAAAGGACAGUCUGUGGGCAAUCUGGAAUGGGGUGGUGGUUAUGUCAACUGGACGGAUGUGCCGUUUACCAUGACAGUUUCGAAGAUCCGUGUUCAAGACUUCCACUCUGGAAAGGAGUAUAAGUAUACAGGGCACACAGGCACAUAUGAGAGCAUUGAGGUUGUUAGUGGCAACUCAACGGCUCAAGCAGAGAUCACCAAAAAGCCCGCAGAAACAUUGAACCAGAAAUGGAAUGAUCUUUCCACCGGGGCACAUAUCGGAGUUUACGUCGCUGCUGCCGUUGUCGGGGCUCUCGUCAUUGGAGCUUUCGCAUGGUUCUGCAUCAAGCAACGUCGAAAUGGCCGAUUGCAACGUGCGCUAGACGAUGGGAACUACAACGCCGAGCUUAGCACUCUGGAACAGACGAAGCUGAGAUGGAGGCAAAGUGAAUUGGGUCGCAGGGACUAUCAUCCAGUUGAGAACUGA